GUCAGUUACUCGAAUCGCUUGAACGCGUUGGUUUUAACCGCGGUUUUGUUGCAGGUUGUUUAUUUUAGAAAAGCGGGUAUAUUAUACCUAAUUUCUGAUUAUUUUUAUUAUCACUUAAUAAUCAGUGCGUUUACAACAGUGAUAUGGAAAGUUUAAAAAAGAAAACUUUCAUGAUAUUAAUGGGAGAAAUGUUUUUUCCUCACAAGAUAUUGUUCAUGUGUUGAAUCACUUGAGAAAAUCGCUCUUAUGUUCACACAAGUUUGUCGUGAAUAUAAAGGAUAUGACGCCCAAAAUUUUAAUGGUGGAACCUAGGAUUUGUAGCUAUGAGAACUUCCAGUUCUUUAAACUUUUCCGUAUGUCAAAGAAAACAUUUAUUGAUUUAGCAGAAAAGAUAGGAAAAAGCGACGAAAAAAAGAUAUUAGCAAAGCCAUAUACAGGUGGUCACUAUCCAGUGAGUUGAUAUGGUCAUAUUUUAAUAUUCUUGUGGUAUAUGGCUACACAGAAUACUUUGUUAAGCAUAGGAACUAGAUUUAAAGUGUCUCCAACAACAGUGAUAAGUAUAACAAAUAAGGUGCUCUACUUCAUGCUAAAACUAAAAUCAGCCUACAUUAAGUUUCCCAAAAAUGAAGCUGAAAUGAGAGACAUUAGUGAAGGUUUCAAGAAGUAUCCAGGAGUUAUUGGAGCAGUAGAUGGUACCCACAUAUUUGUAAAGGUUGAAAAAUGUCAACAAGAUAGCUACAUAGACCGCUAUAGAAGAACAUCUAUAAAUCUCAUGGCAAUAUGUGAUUCUAACACUUUAUUCACCUAUGUGUUUUUAGGAUACCCUGGAUCUGCUCAUGACUCACGGGUUUUUGAAAAUUCAUGUAUGUGCAAAAACAUUGAGAGACAUGGGCCAAACUUCUACUUUUUGGAUACUCAGAAAUAUCACCUAAUUGGUGAUAGUGCAUUUGCAUUAAGAACUUGGCUUAUUACUCCUUACCAAGGCGACAAUGUGACCAGAAAGCAAAAAUUUCACAAUUACUAUCUUAGUUCCGACAGAGUAAAAAUUGAACAUUGUUUUGGGGCGUAUAAGGGUAGGUGGAGAAGGGUGCAAUAUACAGGGUGACUUUGAAGUUGAGUCAUUAAUUUUCAGAUAAUGAUUGUAGAAGGAAGAUAAACCAGAAUAUGUGUGUAAAAAUAAAAAAAAAUUUUUACCUUGUUUUAUAAAGUAUCCUCCCGACAAGUAUUUCAGUGCGGACCUGUAUUUGAUCGUGAGGUCCCCUGUGAGGUCUUCAAGUCACCUGAUUCACGAGCCCGUUGUACUACAUUAACAAAGGCACGAGGGGUUGGUUGCACUCGAUUGGGAAACCGAUCCGCAUAAACAUGUGCCAUUUUUUAUUUCGUUUGAGCCACGCAACAGACACUAUUCACACGCUAACCGACUGUAUGUAUAACUGAACUGAAUAAAAUACUUAAUUGCAAAAACGUCGUUCCAAAUUCUUUCGCUUUUUUGUUUCCGAUGCGAUGAACCGGUAAGGCGGAUUAUAUCCGUUGUUGCCAAACACGAGUACAUGAUAUUAUUAUUGAGACAGGGCGGUACUCAAACUUCCAAAGGGCUAUAACUUUGUUACUUUAAUUUUACCAGAAAAAUGGUAAAGGAAAAAAACAUUUCUUUUGAUCAGAUCUACUCACUGUUAAAAUAAAUGACUCAACUUCGAAGUCACCCUGUAUAAAUACCUAUAACAUUUGCAAAGCAGUGGAGAUUGCAACAGCUGCAUGUGUUCUACACAAUUUUUGCAUUUUGCAUAAAGACACCUGGAGUAACGAUUUUUUUGGAAUUGACCUGGACAGAAAUAUAAAUCAGGCUGAACUAGAAGAUAGGGGUAACAUAGAAGCAAAGCGGAAAAGAAAUAGAAUUGCAGACACUUUAUUCUUAUGCAGAUAUAACAUAGAAUAAUAUUAUUG